CACAACACAGAUCGGCAAAUGCUUUACGUGUUAAAUCCCCAUUGGAAGAUACUGAACAAAAGCCGGCCCAGUGACGUGGCUGUGGAGGUCUCUCCACCAUUUUUGGUGAGGCAAUCCUGUUAGAGCGCCACAGGAAGGUAACAGGGUUCCGUUUGGAAAAUGGAGAAAGCAUUAUUGAUUUCCAUUGCGAUUGUAUUAGCCUCCGUCCGGCCCUUCGUCUAUUCCAUCGAAUAUAAAUGCUCCGCGUGCACUGCCAUUGCCGAGGAGCUGGAGCGUGGUUUGAUGAAUGAGAAGCCUAGAAAUCAUUUAGAUAUGAGAUAUCGCUUAGACUCUAAAGGCCAACGUGAUGGCAAGCUUAUAGAUUACAGGGUUAGUGACCUGAGAGUUGUCGAACUAUUGGACGAGCUAUGCGAAAAGAUGCAAGAUUAUACUCUUGAGCAGGUCUGGCAGGUUGAUUCAGGCACAAAACUGUGGAUCAAAGUGAAAAACUGGGAUCAUCAAACUAAUAAGCAAGAAGCUCGAGUACAUUCCAAAUCAAUAUCAUCUUUCUGUGGGAGGUUGCUGGAAGACACUGAAGAUGAGUUGUCGGAAUUGAUAAAGAAGGGAUCCAUCAAGGUAGGAAGUGUAGCCAAGAUUUUGUGUGAAGACCUCAGCAAACUUUGCCAUGGGACAAGCAAUCAAGAAAAUGACAGUGAGCUCUGAACAGUCUUCCAGCGCUGCAGACUAAGGACAAUAUAGGUCGGAGGAUUCACACUACACCAUUUUUUUCUUCGUCUCUCUCAAUUAUUGUGUACCAUAGAAUUACGCAAAUACUCAUCCUUGAUAUAUGUUCUUAGUUUAAUUGGCUAACCAACAAUGAGCUUAACACCUAAGAACCUAAGAGUGUGUUUGGGAGUUGGGUUUUGGAGGGGAGGGGAAGGUUAAUGGGGGGUUAUGAUCUUCCUUUUCAUGUUUGGGAGUUUAUAAAAAUGGAGGGGGUGUUUUUGGAGGGCUUUGUAACCUUCAAAAUCCUUCAAAUGCUUAAUUUUUAAGUUCCCCCAUUCUGGAGGAUUUUGGAGGAUAAAUUAGAAAUGAUAUCAGCUCAAUGAUUUGAAUUUGUCAUAUUUCAAAGUGAUUUUAAUUAUAAUUCCUUCCAAAACCCCAUCCUUCCAAUUUUAUUACUCCCAAAUACAAAGAAGGGUUUCCUCACCCUUCCCUCCCUUUCCCUUCCAACAACAUACCUUCAAAGUCUUCACUUUCCCUUCCCUCCAAACUCUCAAACAUACCCUAAAAUGAGUUUUUUCUUUGGGAGAUGAACUUAACUUAGUUCUCAAAGUAUUUGUAUCUUUAUCAUCAAAAUUUUGUGCUAUGUCAUACAUACAUUUUGCAAUUUAGGCAUGUAUUCUAAUAACUCUCACAAUCACCUGAGAUGCAAA